AUGGAGGGGUCAAAUGAGACCCCCCACCACCACGGGCAGUACAGUCGACAGACAAACGUAUGGGACGUCGUCUCGUCGUCGCAGUCGGGGCACACGCACUGGGACAAGAUGGGCGCGGCGGGCGCGUCGUGCGCGCGCGCCGAGGCCGCGUCGCCGCAACAACUCGUCACCACCACGCAUGCGGGGAGCAGUUCCGGCGGCGGGCGGCGGGGGGCGCUUCAGCUCUGGCAGUUCCUGGUGGCGCUGCUGGCCGAGGGGGCCCGCUGCGUCUCCUGGACGGGCCGGGGGCUCGAGUUCAAGUUGCAUGAACCUGAAGAGGUGGCGCGGCGCUGGGGCGCGCAGAAGAACCGUCCGGCCAUGAACUACGACAAACUGUCGCGGUCGCUGCGCUAUUACUACGAGAAAGGCAUCAUGCAGAAGGUAGCCGGCGAGCGCUACGUGUACAAGUUCGUGUGCGACCCAGAGGCCCUGUUCAGCAUGGCGGCGCCGCGCGCGCGCAGCCCGCCGCCCCAGCCGCCCGGCACAUACGACGUCCUAACGCAGCUAUACGGCGUAUACCCGCAGUGGGGCCCGCACACGACGCACGCCCCGCACGCGACGCACGCGCCGCACGCGCCCGACUACAGGCUGUGUCCGCACGAGUGCUACGACCAGUGA